UCGUAUCUUUUACUUUUAAUUACUUUCGAUUUGAAAAUGUCAACCCAAGAAGAAUAUCCAUUUAUUUCAAGAGAAACUUUUAACAAUUUAAUCAAAAAAUAUCUAGAAAGCAAAUCAUUAAAUAGACGUCGCAAAACCUUUAUCUUACAAACUGAUUACGAUCUAAUUAUUUCAGUACUUCGUGAUCCUAAUAAUUUGAACUUAGGAACCCCUAAAGAUCGACAUUGGAUUAAAAAUUCUUUUCAACUUCGAGAAUUGGGAACUGAAACAAAUCCAAUUACUCAAAUUAUUACUGUUUCAAAAAUUGAAAAUGGACUUGAAUUAACACACACCAUAUGUCCCUUUAACCGUCUUUAUGAUAUCUUGUGUAAAAUUCAUGCUGGGGUUUUAAAACAUAUUGGAGCAUCUAAAAUGUGGGAUGUUAUUGGAAAGCAAUAUGACUAUAUUCCGCAAUCAUUUAUUAAAGAAUUUUGCGGAAUAUGUAAAACAUGCUCUACACAUCGAUUAUUUCCUAAUACUCUGGCCGCUAAGCCAAUUGUAGCAUCAAACUUUCUUUCCUGA